CGCAGUCGCUGGCGGCUCCUCCUCCCCACCGCCCGGUGGCGCUGCGCCUGGAGCGGGGCGGAGUGGGUAGGGAGGAGGAGGAGGAGGGGGGCGAUGUUUCCUAUUUCUGGGCCCAGCGCCUGAGUCGCAGGCCGAAGAAGUACCAUGGCUGAUUCUUGCUUCCAGUCUGACCCGGAUUUCUGCCCUGAGUGCGGAACGAUCCUGCCACUGCCUGGCCUUGAGGAGUACGUCGUUUGUCGCAAGUGUGAUUUCCAAAUCAGUAUUCACAUGUUUGAAGGAACUGAGGUCUGCUCGGAGAUGGUGUUUAACAAUCCAGAAGUUAUGCAGUUAAACAUGGCAGCUGCAGUUGAGGAAGGAGAACUGAAAGGACCUGUGGUGGACCGGAAGUGCUCACGCUGUGGACACGACGGGAUGGUGUAUCACACACGGCAGACCCGCUCAGCAGAUGAAGGACAGACUGUGUUCUACACGUGCAUGAAUUGCAGGUACCAAGAAAAGGAGGACUCCUAAUCGCAGGAGAGCUCAAAGUGUGUGGCAGGAGCUUGGACUGGUUUAAAGGAGCUGGUUUGAUGGUGCCUCGCCCCAGCAUGAAGCCUCUGAGACUGACUGUUAGAUGGGACAUGGUGGCAGCUGGGCUGUGAGUGCGGUCGGAAUGUGCAUUACUUCUUGCAACUAAUGGGCCGAUUGCAGGGCGAGGGCUCUCUCUCUCUUUCUCCACCCCACCACCCCCAGCCCUGUACGAUAUUCAGUUGCAGAUUAUGUAAAUAAACGAACCAAAUUCA